GCGUCAUCAGCGGCUCUCAGGUCCAGAGAGCAGCGGGGACCCGGAGCGCCAUGACACCGGCAGAGAGCUGCGCCUUAUCGGGGUGAACAAGAGAGGGAUUUAACCGCAUGAGCUGAACUGUGACCACCACGGGGACAGAUGGGUGAUAAAAUGCUGUGUGUGCUGAUAUAAAGUUUUGCUGUCUCCAGUCCUCGCGUGCAGUCCAGUAAGACCAGAGCGGUCUGGAUCCGCCUCGCCGCAGCCAUGACGACCAAGUCAGCCCUCCUGAAGGUGAUCCUCCUGGGAGACGGAGGCGUGGGCAAGUCCUCUCUCAUGAACCGCUACGUCACCAACAAGUUCGACUCGCACCUCUUCCACACCAUCGGCGUCGAGUUCCUCAACAAGGAGCUGGAGGUGGACGGCCACCACGUCACGCUUCAGAUCUGGGACACGGCGGGCCAGGAGCGUUUUCGCAGCCUGCGCACGCCGUUCUACCGCGGCUCUGACUGCUGCCUGCUCACCUUCAGCGUGGACGACGGGCAGAGCUUUCAAAACCUGAACAACUGGAAGAAGGAGUUCACGUACUACGCUGACGUCAAGGACCCCGACAACUUCCCCUUCGUGGUGCUCGGCAACAAAUUGGACGUACCUGAGAGGCAGGUUUCAGGGGAGGACGUGCGGAAAUGGUGCCGUGAGAACGGCGGACACCCGUACUUUGAGACGAGCGCUAAGGAUGCGACGAACGUAGCAUCAGCCUUUGAGGAGGCGGUGCGUCGCAUCCUGGCGCUGGAUGACAGAGCCGAUCAUCUUAUCCACACGGACACGGUAGACCUGCAGAGGAAGAGUCCACCUGACCCCACCUGCUGCUGAGCCAAAUGUGACUCCCAGCGGGUGCUCAUGUGAUGCUGACAGAUAUUGUGUGUUUUUUUGUUUUUUUUUAACAGGAAAAUUUGAGGAAACAAGUUCAUACUUUGGAGAAACACUGAGAAAAAUUCCAUCUUUCCGCCUCACGAGGAACCAAAGCGCUCUGAUCCAGACUGCAUUCAGUCCUGAGGAACUCUUAAUUUAUACAAAGCAUGACGGGACAGUCAGUAUGAAACUAGAGGAUAAAGUCUUUGCAGGUUUCUUGGUUCAUUUUUGCAGUUGGUGAUAAAGACCUUUUUAGAAAAUGAGAUUGCUAAGUGCAUUCAAAACUGCCAAAGAUUUGACGUCACUGAAGAAGCUGUGGCAUUUAGUGUUAGCCCACAAAAAGAGAAGUCCUGGGGGGGGAUUUCCUGCUGAUGUGGAAGUUUACAGCGCAAAUGUAGUGACUCUUCUCCGACACCCCUGUGACUACUACGACAACUAAAGUUCAUUUAAAUUUGUAUUCGCAUUAAUAAUUGCUACUCAUUAUGUUUAAGUCAGUCUCUUGACUUAUUUUAAUAUGGUCAAAUAUAGAAACUUUAAACUAAAUUCAUGUGGUACAGAUUAUAUAGAGGUAGUCACAUGAUUAGAUGGAUCUAAAAGUUUUUAUAUAUAUUUUAGAUGAAAAAAAUAUGUGUUCUGUUGUUUUGGAAUAGUAGUGUCAAGCAAGUGAUUAAAAAAAAUGUUUAAAUUGAGCAAAUCAAUUGAAAAUUGGUCAAACCAGAGAUGCCAUGAUUAAAUGUAAUAUUCUGCUUAGAAUGAAACGAGCUGCCCAUUCAUGUUUUUAUGUAACUAGACGGAUAUUGAACUUGUUGGAGUUAAUUUAUUUCAGGUUAACAGAGCUCAAACUGCUUUAAGAUCGAAAUGACUGAUAACCCUGAGGCUCAUUUGAUCUUUAUUUGCUCUGCUUUGUCUCCCAACAUUUAUCGAACUGGAAUUAAAACAGCUGCCAACAAUGA